UUUAAGAAAUUGACAUUUUUUAAUUGAUCAACUUUAUUCAGAAUCAAAAUUAAUUUCAUUGAUUAUUUGAAUUGUUAAAGAGAAAAAUUACUCGACUAUCAAUGGAAAGCAAUCAGUUGAUUAUCGAUUAACUCGGUUACUCAAAUUGUCGACUUGUCGGUUAUUGUGUGUCUUCAGUUGAGACAACAGAUGAUUUGAGAUCAGGUGGAACUGAUUUAAUCAUGUUGACAAGUUGAUUAUGUUUAUUUAAUUAAAGUUAAUUAUGGCAAUUCUUGAUUAUUUGGAUUUAUACCUGAGGAAAUGGAAGCGCUAUGACUCACAUCAAUCCCGUAAACGUUUACUUAUCACAUUGUUAGCCAUUUGUAUUAUAUUAGUCUACAUAGGACCUUUCUUUUUCAAAUUUUGGCAAAAGAAACCCAAAUUUCAAGAUUUAACUGAGCCAUGCUUUAGAUCUGUUGGUGCUUAUCUAAAAAUCUUACAAGAAGAAGAGAGAUUCGAAGCCCACCGGUGGAAUAAUUUAAACCCAGUAACUGAAUCUUCUGACCAUUAUUUACCUUAUGUAGGAAAUGGUAAAAUCGGUUUGCCGCUGGACAAUUAUUCGGACAAACCUUUUUAUAUUCUGAGUAAAAGAGCUUUGGAUUUACCUCUACCAUUUCAUCCAUUGAUUGAGAUUGAAAUCGCCAAUAGGAAUGGAUUCAAGCAAGGGUCUACAUCCGUUCGUUAUGUCCAAGGCCAUGUCUUAAAGGUGACUUGUUACACUUAUUUCGCCAAAGAUGUGUCUAUCAAAGAGACGAUCUAUGCUCACAGAUUAAUCAACAAUCUUCUCGUCCAAGAGAUUGAUAUAAUUAACCAUACCGAUGCGCCUUUCAUAUUUAGCUUUAAAAGACUUGGUUGGAAAGGGGAUCCCAAAGUGAAAAGUCAAGUAGUUCCAAUAAAUGCUGUGGAUAAAUUAAAUUAUUUUCAAAUUCAAAGUCAAAUUGAUUGGAAAGAUGAUAAUCGUAAAAGUAUCGGAUUCUCUGUUAUUGCUCCUGAAAUUCCAAAUACAAUUGAAGUGCCUCAUGGGGGAAGAAAGACCAUUGAAUUUCGAACCUUUUUAAAUUACACCAAGCCUAUUUUGAAGAAUCAGAUAUCACGUUAUGAGCCCGAUCUUAGGAUUUCUCUGCGUGAAACCGUAAAAAGAGUGGCUGAAAUUUCAUCAUUGAAUUUGUUCAGCUUCCAUCGUAAUGCUUGGUCAGAAUUAUGGAAAAGUGGUUUCGGAAUAAGUCUCUCAAAAGCUCAAAACGUUCUGAAUGGAGAUGCAAUUAAUGCUACUCUUUACUAUUUAUUAAGUCAUAAGAAUGCCUUUGAUGCUGAUUACAUGUUCAAAGAUCUUCCCAGUGCCCUCAUAUCCAUGAGAUCAUCCAGUUUACUCAACAAACCAGACAGUUGUUACAAUGGUCAUCCAACUUUACAAGCAUCGGCAUUAUGGUCACCAAUGGAUUCAAUAAGUGACAUCAAUCGGAUUGUAUCACUUUGGUUGAUGACUUUAGAGAAACAUGGUUGUCAUAAUUUAAUUGAAUCCGGUGCAAUGGGGACACUCCAAGCCUACAUAUUAAGUUUAAGUGCUCUUAAAUUCACCAAAAAUCACAUUGAAUUCAAUACUCACCCUCAAGAGUUACAUCGUGAUUAUUACAUUCGUCGUCUUAAUUAUGGCAACAACACUUCAUUGAACAUUACGGUCGCUUUGGGAGAAGAUAAUAAAGCGUCGAUUUAUGUUGCCAUUGAUAAAAAUGAAGGUGAUCAUAAAUUUUAUGCUUGUGACGGAGGCUGUAUGGAUGCACCAAUAAAAUUAUCUUCGAUUCCAAUUCAAUUUCCAGUAAAAUUAACUCAACCCUUGACUGCAAUUCUUUAUAUUACUCCUGAUUUGGAGCAUAUUCAAGAGCUGAAACACACAAUUCACGUUAAGGAGAUAGUUGAAGCACCGGCUCAUGAACAUAACAUUAUUGCUCUUCAUCGACAUGGUCAUAAACUUGGCGGACUUCCUGCAAUAUUUUGGCUUUCAAUUGUAUUUUUAAUUGUGAUAUUUCACCUCUUUCUUGCUAAACUUAUUUACAAUGAGUAUUGUGUCGGCUCAUCUUCAUCAUCUUCAUCAUCCUCAUCCUCGGGUUACACUUAUGAAAGAGUCCGUUAUGCCGUAUAGUCAGAAAAUUUUGGUUUUUUUCUUCUCACAAUUGAUGAAAUUAUUUCAAUUCAAUUAACCUAAUCACCAACAAAUCGAUCAUCCUUCAUGGGUAUAUCUUUCAUCAACCAUUGUCAUUGUCAAUCUAAUCAUCUUAAUCGAGAGCAACAAUCUCAGCCCAAUUAAUUAAUUUGUGACUUGCUAUUUAUCCUCUAUCGUUUAUAUACAUUAACAUGGUAAUUUUCCAGUUCCUCCCUGAUCUCCUCAACCAAUUUCUCAAGAAACAAUCAACCAUCAAAUCAUCAAUAAAUUAAUUUUUUUCUUCACUUUUGUUACUUGAUGUGGCAAAUCAAUGCACCAUCAAAGUUGGUAAUAAACAUCAAUUUUAAAUUGAAAA